CCACAUUUCAGAUUUAGUGGCCACUCUAUGGAGAAAGAGAACCAUACUCUCAUCAUGGAGUUUAUUUUCCAGGGGUUUUCCAGCUUCCACGAGCACCGGCUCACCCUUUUUGCCGUGUUCUUGGUGCUGUAUGCCUUCACCCUGGCAGGCAACGUCAUCAUCGUGACCAUCAUCCGAACUGACCGUCACCUCCACAUGCCCAUGUACUUCUUCCUGAGCAUGCUGUCUACUUCAGAGACUGUGUACACCUUGGUCAUUCUCCCAAAGAUGCUCUCCAGUCUUGUGGGGAUGAACCAGUCCAUCUCACGGGCAGGCUGUGCCACACAGAUGUUCUUUUUUGUAACCUUUGGCAUCACUAACUGCUUCCUGCUCACAGCCAUGGGCUAUGACCGCUAUGUGGCCAUCUGCAACCCCCUGAGAUACUCAGUUAUUAUGAACAAGAGAGAGUGUAUCCAGCUGGUGGGGGGUGCCUGCAGCAUUGGGCUGGUUGUAGCCACGACACAAGUGACAUCUGUGUUCAGGUUACCCUUCUGUGCCACAAAGGUCGCCCACUUCUUCUGUGACAUCCGACCGGUGAUGAAGCUCUCCUGCAUUGACACUACCAUCAAUGAGAUCCUGACUGUGAUCAUCAGUGUCCUGGUGCUCGUUGUUCCCAUGGGGCUGGUCUUCAUCUCCUAUGUCCUCAUCAUCUCUAGCAUCCUCAAGAUUGCCUCAGCUGAGGGCCGGAAGAAGGCCUUCGCCACCUGUGCCUCCCACCUCACGGUGGUCACUGUCCACUAUGGCUGCGCCUCCAUUGCCUACCUCAAGCCCAAGUCUGAGAACACCAGAGAUCAAGAUCAGCUGAUCUCUGUGACCUACACAGUCAUCACCCCCCUGUUGAACCCUGUGGUGUACACCCUGAGGAACAAGGAGGUCAAGGAUGCUCUGCUCCGGGCCAUGGGCAGGAAUCCUUCCUGA